CGGAGGGCGCGCCGCCCGGGCCCGGGGGUACAGGGCAUAGUGAGGCGCGCUGCCCGGGGCCGGGCACAGCGGCCGACGCUGGGGGCACAGUGAGGAGCACCGAUCGGGGCUGGGGGCACAGUGAGGCUGGGGGCACAGUGAGGCGCACCGCCCGGGCACAGGGGCUGGGGGCACAGUGAGGCUGGAGGGCACAGUGAGGGGCACAGUGAGGAGCACCGAUCGGGGCUGGGGGCACAGUGAGGCCGGGGGCCGGGCACUGGGGGCACAGUGAGGUGCACCGCCUGGGCACAGGGGCCGGGUACUGGGGCACAGGGAGCCGCGCUGCCCGGGGACCAGGGCCACAGGGAGCCGAGCCGCGCCGCCCGGGAUCGGGUACCGGGGCACAGGGAGUCUCGCCGCCCGAGGUCGAGCAUCGCUACAGCUGGGAGUCGGAGCGGUGCUUACUGUGGACGUGAAGAUCAUGGAGAGCCGGAUAACGCCGGGUCCGUACAGGGCCACCAAGUUGUGGAAUGAAAUUAUUGAGCUUUUUCGAGCUGGAAUGCCUCUGAAGAAGCAUCGUCUUCACUUCCGUACUCAUGAUCGCUGCUUUACUGCCACAGAAGGAAUUGACUGGUUACAUGAAUUACUUCGAAGUAAUCACAAUUUUGGACCUGAAGUUACUCGUUACCAGACUGUACAGUUGCUUAAAAAAUUCUUAAAAAAUCAUGUUAUUGAAGAUAUAAAAGGAAGGUGGGGAAAAGAAGAUUUUGAAGAUAAUAAUCGAUUGUACAGAUUUCCUCCAUCAUCUCCUCUGAAGCCAUAUCCGAAAAAGUCACGUCACUUCAAUUCCAAAUUUCCAAAUUGGAGUGACUAUGAUGUUCCAAAGCCAGGUCCUGUCCCAGUAAGGCCUAUAAUUUUGAAUUCUGAAUUGUGGCACAAACGCCACAGCAUUGCAAUUGGGGAAGUAUCAGAAUGCAGAAUUGUACAUCGGGAAGAGGUGUCCCAGGGAACUGUGGAAGGCAUCUGGAAAUCAAUGACGCUAGCACAUUUGCAGAAAAUCCUAGGGCUUGCUUCUCUGGAAGGAGUGUUGGAUCCUAAACAUCUCGAUCCCAAAUAUAUCAUCUAUAAUGUUCGUCAUGUUAAUAAACAAGGUGUGGUAAUUCUAGAGAAUAAAUUGGAAGAGCUUCCACAUUGGGUUCUGUCAGCUAUGAGGUGUCUGGCAAACUGGCCAAAUGGAAGUGAACUGAACCGACCAAUGUACCCAGGGUUUGAAAGAGAUGUGUUCAAAACAAUAGCAGACUACUUUCAUAAACCAAAGGCGCCUUUGUUGACAUUUGAGUUUUAUGAACUUUUUAUUAACACUUUAGGUCUUCUGCAGCAACAGCAAGUUGGUAUUGAAGCACUUCAAGUUUGUUGCCUUCUUUUGCCCCCUGAAAAUCGGAGAAAGCUUCAACUGUUAAUGCGGAUGAUGGCCCGAAUUGCUCUUAAUGUUGAAAUGCCCCCUCUUCAUGAUGCUAUUGCAAGCAGAACGUUGAUGAUUCAAACCUUCUCUCGCUGUAUCCUGCGCUCAGAGGAUGAAGUGGAUCUUGAUGAAUUACUUGCUACAAGACUAGUGAGUUUUAUGAUGGAUCAUUACCAGGAGAUAUUGGGAGUUCCUGAACACCUGCAAAGCUCAGUAGAGGAACACUUGGCUCACCUCCGAAGAGUUCAGAUAAAAUAUGCAGGUGCUGAUGCUGAUGCUACACUGGCUUCCUGCACUUUUUGUCAUCAGAUUAGUUCUGAAGAUUUUAAAGAACCCUGGAGAAACCCUCAAACUGCUUUAACAGCACAGCUGGAAGAAAUAAUAAUUGAUAAAAGCAUGUCUUUUAAAGAGAAGAAGAAGAAAUUAAAGCAGUUUCAGAAGGCCUAUCCUGAAAUUUAUAAAAAUCGCUUCCCAACAACUGAGAGUGAGAUGGUGCUUUUCCCUGAAAAAUCAAAGCUGAAAACUCAACUCAUGUUCUUCACAAUGAGGAAAUCAUUCCAACCGUUUCAUAGAACCCGGAGUUUCCGGAUGUAAAAUCCUUUUUCUGAGUGGUGCUACUGUUAUCAUGAGGAUUUAUUGGUUAAUAUCCUCAGUUUUCUCUGGAGUUUGGACAUCGUUGCUAAGAAUAUUUUUGUAUCACCUCUGUUGGUUUUUAGUAGAAUUCUCUAGAUCUUGUUGUAAUGGAUAACUGAUUCCAAAAUUUAGAAGACAUUUACUCUACAUACAUUUCCAAUGAAUGAAUUUGUGAAGUUUUAGUUUGAUAACUGAGUAUUCACGUUGGACACAAAGUAUUAUUUAAGGAGAUAUUGUGCAUUUUAGUAUUGAUAGUGAACAAUGUUGGCACAUUUUGAGCCCCAUUUUCAGUGUUAAUUUUUAUGUUUGCUUUGCUGGAAUUGGAAAAUUGCAGAUAUGUCACCUCUUUAGGUGCACAGUAACAAGUAUUUUUGGUACAGGACUGGCAAUCUGGAGGUUCUGUUUAAAUACCACAAGGCUGAAUUGUGAACUUGAGUUUGAGAAUUUGGUAAUUUGUGGUCUGACACCAGAAUAUUUACAUGCAAACUGUUGGAUUGUCAUUUCUUAAAAUUAACUUUCACAAACAAUGCUUGGGGAAGAGGACCUUGUUUCUGUGAUUCCAGUUUAUUGGAAACUAGAUAGUUGACACCUAGUAUGUGCAGCUAAGGAUGGCAAAUGUUGCCUUGCCAGCAUUGCAGGAUUUAAAAAUAUGAUUAAUGCAAAUUUACUUUUGCAAUAUUUGCUGAAAUUGAUAAACAUUUACAGCGUGGAUUCAAAGCACUGACUAUAAUUGUUUCUUGGGCAGUAGCUUUCACUGGAAUUAUAUCAAUUAUCUUAGCUCUGUUGAAAAUAGAUUGAUUUGAAUGGAUUACUUAUUCUCCUCAUAUUAUAUACUUGAGGUCCUUUCCAUCCUCCUGGUAAGGAAAUUCAUUGCAUAAGCACAAACGAUCUUUAUUUUGAGCUAUUAACAAUAAAUGACAAAAAUUAACUGGCUGGAACUGCCCCUAAUCUGUCAAAAAGCAAAAUACUGUGUCUGCUGGAAAUCUGAAAUAAUGACACAACAUCCUGGAAAAUAGUUAAUUCGGGAAGUAUCUGCAAAGUGAAACAAAUUUUUGAAUCAGUGAACAUUUCAUCUGAACAACUUUGAUGAAACUUGUCCUCGUGCAAUUGUUUUUCAUCAUUUGAUUACCAAGUGGUCAAAUGCAGAGUGAAUUGCCAUUUUAAAUCCUUUCUUGUGCUUUCCUUCUUUGGAGAGCCACCUACUUAUAGUCUGAUGCUGGAAAUUUCUUAAAUGGGCAAACUACCAUAUUAAAAGAGCUUCUUGCUGUGUUUUAGUGCACCACUGUGCUGUGCGAUUUGAUCCCCUUUAUUGUUCCAUUUGCUUAUCUUGGUAAAAUGAUACUAGAAAGUAUUAAAGAUUUGCCAGCAAUGUACUAACAUUGGCACAAUAGUAGAAAUAAUGGUGAAACUAAUGCUGAUAAUCUUUAUUUACAUAACUUUGGACAGCAACUUCAGAAGAUCAGAUGUGAGUGGUUAAACUGAUACUUCUCUAAGGUGGUGUCAUAUUGCUUUCCACCCAAAAACAUUGAUUGCUCUGACAUUGCUGCUUUUGCCUCACAAAUGGAGAGACACAGCAUGGAAACAGGCCCUUCAACCCACCAAGUUCAUGCCUAAAUAUGGACUAAACUUAACUGGAGAAGUUUAGGGUUUGACUUCAUUCUAAAUAGCCUUUCAAUAAUAUCUCUGGGAUGAACAUUAACUUUUAAGUGUACAGGUUUGGUAUUGGUUUAUUAUUGUCCCUUCACAAUGUAGAUAAAAAAAAACAAGAUGCUGGGGAACUCAGCAGGUCAGGCAGCAUCCAUGG